GUGCCGACGCGGCUCACCAAAGGGUGGUGUCGGAGGGUGCGGGCCAUGUGACGGCGGAGGAGUGGAGCUCAUAGAGAGAGAGAGAGCGGCCAGAGGUGGAGGCGGGCAAGGAAGACAGGAGUUGAUUGGAUACGCGGCGCCUCCAAUCAAAAUCGGCCAAGAUGAGCAUGCGCCACGGAGGAGCGCGUUUGGACAGCAAACAGGCGGCCAAGGUGGCCGUCUUCGAGCGGAGGCUGCUCAUGUACUGCACCAUCUCUGUAGUGGUGGGCCUGCUACUCUGGGUCAUCUCCAUCUCUACAGAGUACUGGUUCACCGUUGACUGUCCCAAUGGUGCCUUCAUCAAUCGAACGGGAAUACCCGGCUUAGACCCGGGAUAUCUCACCUAUUCUUACUCGGGUCUCUGGAGAACCUGCAAGACAAUCUACCACAACGGUACGGUUCCGGUCCGCGCUUCCGCCGGAAGUGCCACCGUUUCACUGUUGUCACCGGAAGUGAACGGAACGGAACCGGAAGUGAACGGGACGCAGCCGGAAGUGAAUGGAACGGAGGUGCUCGGUACUCCUCUGGCGCUGAUAGCCGGACAAACCACGUCCGCAUGCGCCUACAUGAGGAUCAAGUUCCUGAAAGCGAUCGACAACGAUCAUCCGCUAAAUGUCGUCAUCGCGUACCGACGGACGUGUCUGGCGUUCAGCGUCAUCUCCAUCAUGCUGGCCGGCAUGGCCAUCUUCUUCUCCAUCUACACUUUCCGCGUCCGACGCUACACGUUCAAACGGGUCGCCGCCUGCCUCCACUUCAUGGUUGCGGCGGUUCAGCUGGUGGUGAUUGAGGUCAAGGUCACGUCUCUCCAAUACCAGAAUUUGAAUGUGGAAUCGGUGAUCCCCGAUGGCUGCACUUGGCAUUACAGCGCCGGCUUCGUGCUGGGAUGGCUGUGCUUCAUCAUCAGCCUGUUCGCCGGCGUGAUCUUCCUCUACACCUCCGGCAAGAAGAAGAAGCGACCCGAGGGGAACGCCUCCGAGGGUGCCCAGGAGGACGAGGACGACUUUGACGACGAGCCCCAGAUCAUGGGACGCUAGGGGCGCGGAAACGCAGCUGACGUCAGAGUGACGUCAUAAGGUGAUGACGGUGACGGCGGAGACGAUGGUGAUGUCAGUGACGUGAGACGUCUGUGAUGGCGCAGAAAGAGGGCGCUGCUACCUGAGAACCUCGAGAAAUCUAGAGAGUAAAGUACUAUCUAGACUCUAGAUGCAGUGUCUGAUUUAUGUGCGAGGAAACCAUACAUAUGCGCAUCGGUUAGGCAUCCAUCAUAGCCAUCACGGAGGGUGUAAUGCCACCAGGAUUUAGACAUCACUAGCCAAUGCAUUACGAGACAAUCGUAUACGAGACAAUCGUAAAAGACAAUCGAUUGUAGGAUAUGACUAUCAGUGCUAAACUGGAGAUAUUUCCAGCAUGGUUUCAGGUCAAUUCGAUCAGCUAUUACCGGGUUCAUGUGCUGUUAUCACACAAGGGACUAUUUUAGACUGACCGUUUUGGCUUUUCAACGGAUAGCCGGAGCAUCUAUCAGGCCGGGAAUGGUGUGCCGUUUUAAGUAUGCGGGCAUAUCCCGACACUCGUUGGCUAAGGCAGUGCCGAUGGACAGAGGUGGUUUUGAAAAAACUGUAAGAGUAGCGGGUUGAAUUAUGUCGCGAACGGUUACUUUGUGGACUGGAGCCUUUGAGCAGCGGGACAUUGUGAGUGUGUGCGUUGGUCAGUGAGAGUUGCCAGCUCUGCUGCCAGAUUGUGUGUGAAAAAAAAUCGCCAUUGGUGCCACAUGGAGAUAUUUUCAGUUUGUGUUCCUCGUUUCCGAUUUGAUGUAAUGAGUUAGCUGAUGCACCCACGCGACAUCUAGCUAUUGAAGCUGUAGUUCCCUCUCUGUCCACAGGGGACAGGCCAGUCGCUGUUUUCGGCACGCCCCUGUGAACCCUGAGAACGGGCCGGUUUCCCCACUUCAAUCAAAUGCUAAUGAUGUGGUGCCCACAUCAGCCUGAUCUAGUCUACAGAACAUUUUGUGCAUUGUAGUCUUUUCAUGGUUGAUCUGCAUCUUAUCUACAAUCGACCCGUGUCCUGCCUGUUGGACGAUCUUGUUCCCUUCGACGGGCGUUACCGCACCCGCCGACCGCCUUUACCCUCGAGAGGUCGCUGACGGUGCGGUCGUCAGCGCAUAUAAGCACAGUCGCUCCAGCGAGCGCUACCGCGUCGAGGCAAUCGCAUUGUUUUCGUGGGCUGAGUGGAUCAGUCAGUUGAGUGAUGGUCGAGUGUAUUUUUCGGGUUACGUUGGGCCUGAGGGCGCUAAGACUGAUCUAUGAAGUCCACGUUUCAUCAUCCACCUGUGCGUGUAUGUGUGUAUGCGUGCAUUCGCCUUUACACGUGCCGGAGGUCAUGCGAUUCUCCUGGGCGCAUUUGAAUAUUGUCGUGUUCUCGUGUGUAUGCGUUGCGCGCUCGUGCGAUUUUCACGUGCAAUUUUCACGUGCAAUUUUCAGCCACACGUCCUCCCGUACCUCACCGGUCGUUCGCGCCCGCCGACGGACAGACUUGUGAUCGCUGGCUGCCCUCGGACGAUCGGUUCAAUAAAAAUCAAAACGAA